AUGUAUGGGUGUGAUAUGGUGGUGACAGCUAACGUUUUCAACCCAUUAAUUAUUAUUGAUAAAAAUUAUAAACCACCUCAAAAAUUAGAUCGGCUUGAUGGUAUUGAAGGAAUGAUAUUGACAUUAAUUUCACAGAAAUUGAAUUUUACAUUUUGUGCACUUCCAAAAUCUAUAACAGAUAUUGACCACGUUCCAUUAAGUGGUAACAUCACAGAAGCAAUGAAAAUGAUAAUUGAAGGUACCUCAAAUAUAGCAAUUGGUGGUUACAUGUAUAAUAAAAUGCACUCAAGUAUCAUGCAAGCAACAUUUCCCUACUUGAGUAGUUCAGUGUACGUAAUAAUACCUAAGGGACGACAAAUGUCACCUUAUGAACGACUUGUAAAACCUUUCGGAAAUAUCAUAUGGAUCUGUUUAGGAUUUAGUGUACUAUUUGCUAUAUUUAUAAUAUUUGGUGUGAAACUGUUUUGCAAAAUCGAAGUACUUAAUUUUAUUUUCGGGCAGAAAAAUCGUUUACCAUUUACAAAUCUAUGGAGUUCAUUAUAUGGUGUUGGUCUUCAUAGGCUACCAAGAAGAAAUUUCGCUCGGUACCUGCUAACAGUUUGGAUAUUAUACACACUUGUAUUACGAAAUGCAUAUUUAAGUGAACUAUUUUCGAUUUUACAAGAUGGACGGACACGUACAUCACUUCAAACCGUUGAUGAAUUGAUUGAAAAAAAUUAUACAUUCUAUGUUCACUACACAAUAGAAGAUAUGAUGAAGGAAUCUACUAAAUCAACUAAUAUACAGACAGUAGAAAAUUACACGAAAAUGAAAUAUAUUAUGGUUUCCCGAACACGUGACGAAGCUGAAACUAUAGCGAUUCCUACUUAUGAAUACAUUUUAUUUUAUUAUAACCAAAACAAAAGUCAUGAUCCUUAUUAUUUCUUACCGGAAAAACUAUUAACUGUACCACUAACAAUGUAUUUGCCAAAGUAUUCCUUUUUGCUACAUAAAAUCAAUGAAAUUCUAAUGGAUAUAAUGUCUUCUGGUUUCAUACGAAAAUUUGAGGAUACUUAUCUGGAUAAAAACCGUUUAUUACAGAAGGAGUCUCAUAUAGCACAAGCACUUUCCGUUUGGUUGCUUUUUGGAAUAUUCAGUUUAUAUCUAAUUUUAUUGUUAUUAUGCGUAUUUGUGUUUUUUCUGGAACUUUGUUCUAGAAGAUCGACAUUUUUAAAAAGCAUUCUAGAUUUCUUUAAUGCUUAA